AAUGGGAUGUGUUACUACUAAAAAAUAGCCUAUUGUUUAGAUACCAAGGCCUGCUUUAAGCGAAAAUUCAGAGUCAAUAGACGAUAUCAAUCAACGUAAUUACAAUAGUGCUCCUUAAAGUCCUGCUUUAAAAAAAAUUGUGUAAAUAGGUGCAUUUACACCUGAUGAAAUUAAGGAUUAUGUCGUAGAAAGGAGAAAAUAAACUAAUAGUGCAAAAAGAAUUGAAAUUAUGAAAAAAAAUGGCAGAUAUACGCCUACUAUCAUCUAUAAAUAUAGAUACCCUUCACCAUCCUAAAGAAGUUAGACAAAAGUUACUAUUAUGUCACCAAUCUAUCCUACCCAAUAAUGA